GGUCAGUUGAUCCUUCCAAGCCGAGCCGCGGAGCCAUGUGGAGACUCUGGCUGCUGAUUGGCUUCGCGAGGGCACAAGUCUACAAAUUCGAGAAGGAGGCCGUGCCGGAGAGUAAGUCCUUGAACCUGCUGUAUGUGUACUUCCUGUCCGCGGAGGGCCAGACCCCCAACGUCACCAAGGCCCCGCCCUACGUGGAGUUCCGGGGGCUCACAGUGACAUCCACAGAUCCGGCAAAGAGCGAUGAGUCCCUCAAGGGCUACCAGGGGUUCCAGAUCCACAUGAUUAGGUAUGAAGAUUUGUGGAAUCUGGUGGACACCAGUCGGAUGUGCUCCAACACGGAGGAUGUCCAACAAGGCCUCAGCAAGAAAGAGGAUCAUUUGAUCCUGAAACGUUCUCCGGGCCAGUCUCUGGAGUCCGUGCAUGUCUACCGCCACCAGGUGAGCUUUUACCAGAAGGAACCCGAUGAGAAGCAGCUUGUUCAAGGAAGAGGUGUGUACUUCUUGGUCCUCUCCAACUGCGGCAGCUUCGACAAGGCCACCAUCAGCGGGGAAGUGGUCGUGAGGAACUCCCAUGGCUUUUUGCCCGGCAAUGAGUAUCAGAAGAUGCCCUUCUACGGCAUUCUCGCCGCUCUGUGCCUGGGAAUCUUCCUGGUUUGGAGCCUUUUGUGUCUGAGAUGGUGGAAGGUUCUCUUCAACAUACACCUGGCCAUUGGCUUUGUCACCUUCCUGGGCAUCCUUGAAAGCGCAGUGUGGUUUUUCUACCUCUCAGCCUGGAACAAGGAUGGACUAGCAAGCAAGCCAUUCUUUUCCAUCUCGGUUUUGGUAUCUGUCACAAAGUCGACGCUUUCUUACAUGCUGGUUCUAUCGGCGUGCUUGGGCUGGGGAGUGACCAAGCCCAUCUUGGAUGGCGGAACGAUCUGCCGCAUUUCCUGCAUUUCCAUAGUGUACAUCAUCCUGAAUGUGGUGCGGGAAGUAGUGCUGUCCUUCCGGCACACGCAGUCAGUGCCAAUUCCUUUCGUGCUUCUUUGCCUUCUUCCGGUGUCCAUGAUGAACGGUGGCAUCUUUUACUGGAUUUUCUCAGCCCUCACAAAUCUCAUGGAGACUUUGGAGGCACAGGGCCAGAAAGCCAAGCUCGCGCUCUUCAAGCGGCUCUGGUGGAUCCUUGUGCUGUCCAUUACCUUUGCCGUGGUGGUUCUCUUAGCGCAGAUCUUCGUUUUCGCCAACGACGCCGAAGCGAGAUGGCAGGAGCAAUGGCUCGUCACGGACGGCGCCCCACAGGGUGGAUUCCUGUUUAUCCUCUUGGCCAUCAUGUGGCUGUGGGCCCCGAAUGAAGACAGUCAGAGAUUCGCUUACUCCGCGCAGCUGGACGAAGAGCAGGAGGGUAUGGGAAGUGUGGAAAAAGCGGAGGUGAUGUCCAACGAGGACGUGGAUGUGAUCGGAGCACGAGGGUGACAUCUACCCCAACUCACUCUGGAUUAGCUGAUCUGAAUGACCCUGCAAAUCAGAGGAGUCAAUGCGCUUGCAUGCAAUGUAUAAAGCUUGGUUGGCAAAUUGCUCAAGACGAACUCGUGCGAGGUGAG